GCCUCUGGGCCUCUCAUGGGUGUCCUGACAAUAUUUAUUAAAUGAAAAAAAGUCUUAAUUAUUACCCCCAAUUUUUAAAAUCCUGAAAUAUGAAAAGAAAGUGUUCUUGGCUAUCAUCUGGUCCAAAUUUCUCAUUUGUAGUGAGAAAACGGGGCCCUGGAGGUAAAAAUGACUCGUGUAAUGUCACACAGCCAAAGUCAAAGUCUAGGUGUCUAGGAUCUCCACCCAGUGCUCCUUGUAUCUGGGCCUCCUUCUUCCAGUUAGUAAGAACUAUUCUGAUGUCUGUAUUAAAGUGAAGCAUUCCAUAGAAAGUACUGAGAGCCCAGCCCCGCCUCCUUCCCUGCACAUGUGACUCAGGAGUCCUCAAGGAGGAAGUUAUAAUAGGCUCUGCCUUUCAGUUCUUCAUUUCACUUUUGCUACUGUGUUCCAUGCACGGUUAGCCAGGAAAAGAGGCCUGUGAAGAGGUGCUGCCAUUGUGAGACCCCAGGAUUUUCUUCUGGCAAGGUUACAACUCUACUCUUCUAAUUUUUGCCAACAAUGGAUUUCAGUGAGUGUCUUUACAAUAUUGGGGAGCAACUUGACAGUGAUGAGUUGGCCUCUCUCAAGUUCCUGAGCCUAGACUACAUCCCACAAAAGAAACAAGAGCCCAUCAAGGAUACUUUGAUGCUAUUCCAGAGACUGCAGGAGAAAGGAAUGUUGGAGGAAGGCAAUCUGUCCUUCUUGAAGGAGCUGCUUUUCCGAAUUAAUAGACUGGACCUGCUGCAAACUUUUCUGGCCACAACCAAGGAAGAGAUGGAAAAAGAGCUCCAGAUUCUAGGCAGGGCCCAGAUUUCUGCCUACAGGGUAAUGCUUUUUCAAGUUUCAGAAGAUGUAGACAAGCAGGAAUUGAAGUCUUUUAAGUUUUUUUUGAACAAGGAGAUCUCCAAGUGUAAGCUGGAUAAUGACAUGAGUUUGCUCGAUAUUUUCACAGAGAUGGAGAAGAGAGUCCUCCUAGGUGAAACAAACUUGGACAUCCUGAAAAGAAUCUGUGAGCAAAUCAACAAGAGCCUGCUGGGAAAGAUCAAUGACUAUGAAUUGAGAAGAUGUAGCGACAAUCUGACAGAGAGAAGAAUGAGCAUUGAAGGAUGUUCAGAUUCAUUUUUGAAUGGGGAGGGGUCCCUCGGAGCACUGGCAAUGUCAGACUCUCCAAGAGAACAAGACAGUGAGUCACAGACAUCGGACAAAGCUUACCAAAUGAAAAACAAACCAAGAGGAUACUGUUUAAUCUUCAACAAUUACGAUUUUAGCGUGGCACGGAAAAGCGUACCUAAACUUCACAACAUUAAGGAUAGGAAAGGAACAGACUUGGAUGAAGAGACUUUGAGACAAACCUUUAAGAUGCUUCAUUUUGAGAUAAUACUUUACAAAAACGCCACAGCAAAGGAAAUCUAUGAGGUUCUACAAUCCUAUCAAACUAUGGACCACAAUAACAAAGACUGCUUUGUCUGCUGUAUCCUCUCCCAUGGAGACAAAGGCAUUGUCUAUGGCACCGACGGAAAGCAGGCCUCCAUCUAUGAACUGACAUCUUAUUUCACUGGUUCCAAGUGCCCUUCCCUGGCUGGAAAACCCAAAGUCUUUUUUAUUCAGGCUUGUCAAGGGGAAAACUAUCAUCAAGCUAUACCUAUUGACACUGACUCAGAGCAGGACACCUAUUUAGAAAUGGACUCAUCAUCUCAAAAGAGAUAUAUCCCAGAUGAGGCUGACUUUCUGCUGGGGAUGGCCACUGUGACCAACUGUGUUUCCUACCGAGACCCCUUGAGAGGGACCUGGUUUAUCCAGUCACUUUGCCGGAGUCUGAAGGAAAGAUGUCCUCU